GUUCAGUCAGCUCUAGUACAGCUACAGCCAGCCAAGCGAAGCGAGCAAGCAGCAGGCUGGGUCUGCAGGGAAGGGGAAGGAGGUAGCGGCAGCACGCAACUUGAACCGACCCGUCGCGCCUGGCGAUCCCUCACCGAUCGAGGAGCCGGCGACGCUUGGGAACGAGCGACGGAGACCUAGGCAGAAGCAGGACAGGAGCUCCCCCAUGGCGACCGGCAACCUGGCGAGCGUGGUGGUGGCGGUGGACGGCAGCGAGGAGAGCAUGAACGCGUUGCGGUGGGCGCUCGACAACCUCCGCCUGCGCCCCGACGGCGAGCUCGUCGUGCUCCACGUCCAGCCGCCGCCCAACAUCGCAGCGGGGCUCAACCCGGCGCCCAUCCCCUUCGGCGGCCCCAGCGGGGUGGAGGUGCCGGCGUUCACGCAGGCCAUCGAGGCGCACCAGCGGCGCAUCACGCAGGCGAUCCUGGAGCACGCGCUGAAGAUUUGCUCCGAGAAGAAUGUGGAGGUGAAGACGGAGGUGGUGGUCGGGGACCCCAAGGAGAAGAUCUGCGAGGUGGCGGCCAACAGUAAGGCCGAUCUGCUCGUCAUGGGAUGCCGUGCCAUUGGGCCGCUCAAGAGGGUGUUCUUGGGCAGUGUGAGCAACUACUGUAUCAACCAUGUGGGCUGCCCUGUUGUUGUGAUCAAGGGGACUUGAGAUUCCCUCAGCCCAGCAUUCUUUGGUGUACCUCCAUUCAAGGUUUUUGAGGUUUCUAUUGUGCCAUUUGUAAUCCUGUAGGAUAUGUUCCUGCACAUUCUGCAUUUGUUGGUGCUGCUGAGGGACGAGGGUUGCUAUGUGGUAUCUUUCAUCGUAAAGGAGGAGGGUUUUUUGGUUGUGUAAUGUGGAAAUAAAUCGGUCCUGUGGCAGAUUGUUCUGUAUAUUCUUGUAAUUGUUGUAGACAAGGUUCUGUCUGAAUUCUGAAGCCUGAAGUUUGAAACUGCGCAAAUUACCAACCUCGGUUUCUUUGUCGGA